AACAUUGGCUGCUAGGAAGGGAGGGAGAGGGGGUCGUAGUCCCCUGCGCUUCAGUCUGACGUAGUCCUGCCUGUCGGCCACGUUACUGGACACAUUGGAGGCCACCCAGGUGUUUCCACGUACUGUACUCGCAGUUCCUGCGAUCUUCCGCCAGAAUGGAGCCAAUACUCGACUCCAAGUACACGUUCAUGGAUUCUCAUGGAAUUGUGAAUGAUGAACAAGAGAUUCCUACAUCAGUGAAUUUUGAUGACAUUAGGAAGGAUUUGAUAGAUGAACUGUCCAGGGAACAAUCUUCAAAUGCCUCGCAUGUGGUUCCUGAUCAAAAUUCUGCAGCUGCAAAGGACCAUAUGUGUGUUUAUCUUCGUAUUCGACCUUUCACGGAAUCUGAAAUUGCACAAAAUGAAUCUCAGGACUGUGUAUUAAUAGAAAACCCGACCAGUGUGAUUUUCAAAGCACCACAAUAUUCCUUGAUUUCCCGAUGCAGUGACCGAGGAUUUGGCCAGAUGGCCCAACACUUUACAUUUUCUCAUGCAAGAAAGAUAGUUAUGUAUGUUAUGGUUUAUGGACCAGAAACCAAGCAAACAGAAAUAUUUGGAGUAAUAAAACCCUUCAUUGAGGAAGUUCUGAAUGGACAGAACUGUUUGGUUUUUACCUACGGUGUUACCAAUUCAGGAAAAACCUACACAUAUCAAGGACCAGCCCAUGAUGGGGGUAGCUUACCAAGGGCGAUGAGUGUUCUAUUUAGGAGUAUAGAAGGAAACAUUUAUCAAAUUAUGAAUAUUAAACCUCAGAGAAGUAGAGACUUCAGUAAAUUAACAGAAAUGCAAGUGAAGGAAGAGGAAACCUUAAAGAACUCACUGCUUCACCUAUUUAAUGAGAAUGAGCAGUAUAAUCAGAGCAGUCAUCAAAGUUCAAUCAAUACUACAGAAGAAAAGAAAUAUACUUCGGCUUGUGCAAGAUGCCAAAGGCAACACCCAUGUGAAAGAUCUAAAAUGGAUUCAGGUUUCCAAUGCCGAAGAAGCAUGCAUGAUAUUGAAAAGAGGGAGAAAGCGACAAAAAAUUGCUUCUACAAAAGUCAAUAAUCUUUCAAGUAGGAGCCACUGUACCUUUUCAAUAAGAGUUUUGCAUGUUGAGGCUGAUGGUCUUCAUGUCAUCCAAGUUAGUGAACUUUCUCUUUGUGAUCUUGCGGGAUCAGAACGAAAUGCAAAAACAAAGAAUGAUGGCGACAGAUUAAAAGAAGCGGGAAACAUUAACACUUCUUUGCUAAUUCUUGGAAAAUGCAUCAAUGCAUUGAGGCAUAACCAGAUUUCAAAGACGCAUGGCCAUGUUCCAUUUAGGGAAAGUAAGCUUACUCGCUACUUCCAGGGGUUUUUCUCUGGCAAAGGAAAAGUACGCAUAAUUGUUAAUAUCAGCCAAUGUGCUUCUAUGUAUGAAGAGACACUGAAUGUACUGAAAUUCUCUGCGGUGGCACAAAAGAUACUCCUUGAUUGUUCAAAACAUCUUCCUGCCCGUUUGUUUCCAAAAAGAUCAGCCAGAGCUCUUUCACUGAUCAUUAAUAAUGCUGCAAUUGGGUCCUCUUUGGUGAAAAGAGGAACUAUCUCUUGGGAUGCUCUUCCUGAGGAUGUCGUUGAGAUGGACGAAUGUGAUUCAGAGACAAUUGAUUUAAAGCCAGAGGAAGAGGAGGAGGAAGAAGAUGAAGAAGGGGAGGAGGAGGAGGAGGAGGA